ACAGCGGACGCUCUGAUUGGUGAACAGCUAGAAACCAGGUAGUGGAAAUACGGCGCAGCACGGGUUUUUGCUUAGUGUUUUACCUGCAGUUCUCGGUAAGUUCAGUAUCCAUCAUGGAAACGGCUCUGCUUCCUCGCGAGUCCGGCCAGUUCAUAGCGGAGCGGAGUCGGGAUGUGUUUGUGGAGGAGGAAGGAGUGCAGAAGGUGGCAGAGAUGCUCUACAUCCUCCGACACAGUGACAGUCUGACUGCCAGUGGCUGGAAGACGGCAAAUCCAUUGGCCCCAGCGCCCACAUCUGACCAGGCCUUGAACUGGGUUUUUGUGGUAGACACCCUGAACUUCUCCUUUUGGCCAGAGAAAGAAACUCAACAGUGUGAGGUGACCUACAAAGGGACGACAUACACAGGUUACAUGACACUGUGUGCUGCCAUCAUGAGGGCCAUGGAUGAAGGUAUACCCAUCACUGAUCCCAAGUACUUCUCUCAGAUGAGUGUGGAGGAGUUGGGUCAUGUCCUUCGAUCAGACAAUGAAACACCUAUGCCGAUGCUUCAGGAGCGCCACCAGGUGCUGACUGAAGGCGGACGCGUACUGCUGGAACACGGCGGAAGCUUCCGCAGUUUUAUCAGCCAAGCCAGGAACGAUGCCCGGAAGAUGGUGGAGCUCGUUGUGGAGAAGAUCCCUUCCUACAGGGACGAAGCUACGUAUGAGGGGAAGAGAAUCUCAUUCUACAAACGAGCCCAGAUCCUGGUGGCAGAUUUCUGGGGCGUCUUGGCGGCCAGAGGAGAGGGAGACAUCAUUAACAUGGACUGGCUUACCAUGUUCGCAGACUACAGGGUCCCACAGGCUCUCGUCUACCUCGGAGCAAUACGAUACUCUGACACACUGAUGCAAACGCUGAAGAACGGCGAGCUGCUGUGUUCAGGGGACAGGAGAGAGGUCGAGAUCCGAGGUUGCUCAAUCUGGUCUGUGGAACUGAUCAAAGACAGACUUUGCCAGCUGGUGCGGGAGAGAGACGGACAGACCUGCAACGUCAACUCUGCAAUCAUCGACUUCUACCUGUGGCCUUACGCCAAGCAGCACCACAAAGAGAUGGCCCACAUUCCCAUACACCACACACGCUGUAUUUACUAUUGACAAGCCGGCUGGCAGCAUUACAUACAGUAGGCUGCACUUCUCAGUGUGCAGACUUGGCACCGGUGCCUUUUCCUGGGAUAAAGCCAAGCAUGUCCUUGUGCCAAAUAUAUGUACAAAUGGGCCUCUCUCUAGCUCUAAUGGAAACAGGUGUGAAGCUUUAAUGUAGCUUGUUUGUCUGUGUGUGGGAGGUAGCACCUUUGUCCAUUUACAGUCCAUUAACAUGUUUACUGUUGAUGAGAUGGAAAGUUUUCCAACAAACUUCUCGCUGCAACAAAAAUAAAAUAUUUUGGUUAGA